AUGUUCAUUAGGUUACUGGUACGUAGAACAAGAAAUGUUCCGUUCACUUUUGAAGCACGAAAGUUUUCUUCGAAGCCGAAGCUUGCCAUCGUAGGAUCUGGCCCCGCAGGAAUGUUUGCCUGCAAUGGUUUACUCCGUAAAAGCGACUUUUCUGUAGACGUUUUUGAGUAUUCGCCGGUACCGUUCGGGUUGGUCAGAUACGGUGUCGCACCUGAUCAUCAAGAAGUCAAAAAUGUUAUUAACUUGUUCGAUAAUAUGUUUGAAAAGAACAAGGAUCGAUUGAAAAUGUUCUGCAACGUAAACAUCGGUCGCGAUGUCACUUUUGACGAGUUAACUCAGGCCUAUGACGCUGUUCUUUUGGCUUACGGGUCAUACAAGACGAAAAAGCUCAAUAUCCCUGGAAGCGAGUCAAAGAAUGUGAUAUCUGGGUCUGAAUUUGUUGGUUGGUACAAUGGCCUUCCAAAUGCAUCAACUCCUAAUUUAUCUACAUCUAAUGUCGUAGUAGUGGGAAAUGGAAACGUGGCUCUCGAUUGUGCUCGCGUCCUAUCUACUGCUUCUUCUGGUUCAUUAAGAAUUAGUGAUAUUCCUGAUGAUAGGUUGGCUGCUUUGGAAAAAUCAAUUAUCAAAGAUAUCAAGAUUCUAGGAAGAAGAGGCCCAGAAAACGUGUCAUUCACAAUCAAAGAGCUUCGGGAGCAGUUCAAAAUUGAAGAAUGGGACAGCAAAUUGGAAAUAUCCGAAGAAGAUCAGAAGAAUUUGAUUGAAAGUUUGCCAAAGUUGGAGAGAAAGAAGAAGCGUUUGACUGAGGUUCUUGUCAAAAAUAUAGGCGUUGCAAGUGGACCGAAGCAAUGCCAUUUCAUGUUUCAUCGUACUCCAAAUGAAGUGAUUGCCGACUCGGAUGGAAAUGUUCAAGAAUUGAUUGUUGAAAAUACGGAAACCGGAAAAACGGAGAAACUUCCAUGUGGACUGCUCAUUUAUUCCAUCGGGUUCGACACACUUGUUUUGGACGGAGUUCCACAAAAUGAAAAGAAAAUGAUUGACAUGAAAGAUCACUGCCGAGUCAACAUGGGCUCUGCAUCUGGCGCUCAAGUAUAUGCGACAGGCAAGUUCGGUGCAUUCAACACAUCAUUAUUAUAUAGAUUUUCAGGAUGGUGUGCUCAUGGCCCACAUGGAGUUAUUGUGGAUACCCAGCAACAAUCGAUCUUCGUGGCGGAUCAAAUCGCUUCAGACUUUGCACACAAAAUGAAAAGUGUUGCUUCUGGAGUUGAAUUGAUAUUGAAAGAAAAGAAAGUUCCAUUUAUUUCGUGGGAUGCCUGGAAAUUGAUUGAUCAACAAGAACGAAACCAAGGAAAACUAACGGGCAAAACAAUGAAUUUGGAAUCUCGAAUUCUCGACGGGAAGCCUGUAGGAUACUGUAGUAGUUCUGAAGGAGAAGAAGAUGAUUUCAAAGUUGUUAACGAUGAAGACGAACACCAAGCAAAUGUAAUGAAACGAAUGGGGCCGUCAUCCAACACUGGAGCAAAGGGAGUGCUCAAUGAGUUCAAAGCUUUUCGUGAGCAGACAAGAUUAGCAUACGAGUCGAGGAAUCAAAAACUAAUCGAACAAGCGAAAAAAGGAAUGAUGGUUGGAAGUAAGGAAGAACGAGAAAAAGCUCAAAAGGAAGAUGCUGAAGAUGAAGAAGAUUUUGAGAUGACUCUUGAGGGAUUGAAAGCGAAACGUUUGAGAGAAAUGAGAAAAAUCGCAGCAAAUCGAGUGAUUGAAAUGACAGAUAAGAAGCAGUACUCAGACGCAGUCGAUGGAAGUUCCGAAUACCUUCUAUGUGUACUAAUCUAUGAACCCGAUUCAGAAGAUUGCGAGUACUUGACCAGAAUCAUCAAAAUUUUAGCCGCAGACCAUUCAAAAACAAAAUUCGUUCGUGCUACCAGCACACUUCUUGAAAUGAGUAUUGCCUUUAAAACGAACGGUGUUCCGUGUCUCCAGUUUUACUCUCAUGGAAAUCUGAUCGGAAACUUCGUUAAAGUUUCCUCAAUUCUUGGACAAGACUAUGAUACCAAGAAGCUUACAAAGUUUUUAAGAGGGCAUCAUAUCAACCUUGUUGCUGGAGGAUACGCAACAGAUUCUGAAAUCGAAACCGAAGAAGACGAUUGA